AUGUGCAUCAUCCUCGAUGCUUGGGAAGAGACGGGACUAGUUAUUGAGGAGGAUCUUGAGGUUGAAAUGGAGGCGGGUAUUGUAGAGGAUAUUGUUGUGGAAACUGAGAAUUAUAUGGUGGAGGGUAGUGUGGAUAUUGAGGGUAAUAAGGUGGUCAUGUGGGUUUACUACCCAAAUAAAGCACUCAAUGCAUACUCUCGCUGCACUGAUAUUGUAGCAUCAGUAAUGGGAGCAUCAGGAAUGGGCUAA